UCGCCGAGCGGUUGAUGUGCGAGCGCCAGGGCGCCGGGCGCCUGCGCAGAGCGUGGUGCUGCCCCAUGGCCAGCUUCAGGGGGCGGUAAGCCGGCGGUGAGGCGGCAGUGAGCCGAUGGAGCGGGAAAGCGGUUUGGAGGCUGGGCCCGAGGCGGAGCGGGAGGAGGGAGGACCCCAGGCGAAGAAGCGACGAAUUCUGUGCAUGGAGUUUGCCUCGGUCGCGAGUUGCGACGCCGCCGUGGCUCAGUGCUACCUGGCCGAGAACGACUGGGAGAUGGAAAGAGCGCUGAACUCCUACUUCGAGCCGGCGGUGGAGGAGAACGCCUUGGAAAGCCGCCCUGAGCCCCUCUCCGAGCCCCUCUCCGAGCCCCUCUCCGAGCCCCUCUCCGAGCCCGAGUCCUGUGUUGACCUCACCAAGGAAGAAACGAGAGAUUCCAUUAGUUCUAAAACCAGCACAUCUGAAGAUGUUCAGCAGGAAGAUGGCAGCGUGUUCUCUUUCAUCACCUGGAAUAUUGAUGGAUUGGACUUAAACAAUCUGCUAGAGCGGGCUCGAGGGGUGUGUUCCUAUUUAACUUCGUACAACCCAGAUGUGGUAUUUCUACAGGAAGUUAUUCCCCCAUAUUAUGCCUACCUAAAGAAGAAAGCAAGUAGUUAUGAGAUUAUUACAGGUCAUGAAGAAGGAUAUUUCACAGCUGUAAUGUUGAAGAAAUCAAGAGUGAAAUUUAAAAGCCAAAAGAUUAUUCCUUUUCCAGAUACAAAAAUGAUGAGAAACCUUUUGUGUGUGAAUGUGAGUGUGUCAGGAAAUGAACUCUGCCUUAUGACUUCUCAUUUGGAGAGCACCAGAGAGCAUGCUAAGGAACGAAUGAAUCAGUUGAAAAUUGUUUUAAAGGCAAUACAGGAGAUUGCAGAGUCAGCUACAGUUAUAUUUGCAGGAGAUACGAAUUUAAGGGAUCAAGAAGUUACCAAAUGUGGUGGUUUACCCAACAACAUUUUGGAUGUGUGGGAGUUUUUGGGCAAACCUAAGCAUUGCCAGUAUACAUGGGAUACACAGAUGAACUCUAAUCUUGGAAUAGCUGUGGCUUGUAAGCUUCGUUUUGAUCGAAUAUUUUUUAGAGCAGCAUCAGAAAGUGGCCACAUUAUUCCCCGAAGCUUGGACCUCCUUGGGUUGGAAAAACUGGACUGUGGUAGAUUUCCGAGUGAUCACUGGGGUCUUCUGUGCACCUUAGAUGUUAUAUUGUGAAAUCUGUUUCAAAUACAAGUUUUGAAUGUUCUGAGCAAUUUUGUUCUGUGUUUUUGCAAAUUAAUUUCUACCUAUCUGGAAAGGUAGCUUAAUAUGGAGGAAUUAAUAAACUGGAUCAUUGUAACAGAAGAAAAAACUACUGUGAUUUUAUUUUGUAGAUUGUGUCCUCAGAUUUCAGAAUGAAACCGUCAUGUGUAUUUAAAGCAUACCUGUGUUCAGAACAUGAGGCCUCUUAGUGAAAGGUCACAGAGGCUGUGAGAGCUUGUAACAGCGCUCAGAGCUGCUGGCUAGAUUCAAGCAGGGCCACAUUGUCUCUGGGCUAGCCUUUAUAUUUGAUUUAUUUUUUAAAUCAGGUACCCAGAUACUUAAUAUUUUAAAUAAGUCUUCAGAAAUUUAAAAAAAAAAUUAAAUUAAAAAAAAAUUUACUGAGCCCUUGGGACUGGAUCUUUUGAUAUUUAAGAAAUCCAAGAUAGAUGAAAAAGCCAUGAUCAUCUGCAUUUAAGUAGAUUGCAGCUCUGUUACAUCAGACUUUAUUUUUGUACAUGAUUGGUAAGCUAUGAAUGAACUCAUUAUUUUAAAUUGCUUCACUUCAAAAAAUUCAUGUCUGAAGUUAUGUCACCAACAGAGGCAGAGUUAGACUUGAUGAUUAAAGUCAGUUUUACAGUGGCAUUGGACUUUUUUUUUUCCAAGAGAAAAAUAAAUGUAUAAAGGGAAAUAGCCUUUUACUUUUGCAACUUGUAAAAUUGAAUUAUUUUACAAAAGGUGAAUAAGGAGCACUCACUUCUACAUGUGCUUUAAGGAAACAUUCUUUUUUCCUAUAAGAGACUGUACUUUAAAUAAAGAAUUAUGCUUGUUUAUA